CAAACAGAAAAUAAAAAAAAUUAAAAAAAAAUGGAGGAAAUAGAGAGUAAGAAAGGCAAAGAGAGAUGGUCUCUCCAUGGAAUGACCGCUCUGGUCACCGGAGGUACCGGAGGAAUUGGCCAUGCGGUGGUGGAGGAGCUACUGAGCUUUGGGGCGGCAGUGCACACGUGCACACUGGACGAAGCGGAGCUGCGGUCGUGCGUAGAGCAGUGGAAGGGGAUGGGUUACCUGCGAGUGACCGGAUCCGUCUGUGAUGUGUCGUCGCGGGAGCAGCGCGAGCAGCUCAUGAAGAAGGUGGCCUCCCUCUUCGCCGGAAAACUCAACAUACUUGUAAACAAUGCAGGAACAGUCAUAGUAAAACCAACUAUAGAGUACAGUGAAGAGGAUACUGCGCACAUAUGGGCCACUAACUUUGAAUCAGGCUAUCAUCUCAGCCAGCUCUCGCAUCCACUCCUGAAGGAGUCAGGACGCGGCUCGAUCGUUUUCACCUCUUCUGUCGCCGGUAUCGUCGCUGUACCUUACGGGACCCCUUACGCUGCAACUAAAGGAGCAAUUAACCAGCUGGCGAAGAAUCUGGCAUGUGAGUGGGCCAAGGACAACAUUCGGGCUAACUGUGUCGCUCCUUGGUUUACGAUGACUCCCUUAGUUGCUCCGUAUCUCGACGAGCAGACACUGGCAAAGAUUCGAUCUUGCACGCCGGUCGGGCGAGUUGCGAAGCCCGAGGAGGUGUCAUCAGCGGUGGCAUUCCUUUGCCUCCCGGCAGCUUCUUAUAUCACCGGACAAACUAUCACGGUUGAUGGAGGCAUGACAAUAAAUGGGUUUUUCUUUAAUUAGAAUUUGCCCGCUAAACUUAAUUAAUAUCCAUGAUUAAAUAAGAUGGGGAUUAAUAAGAGCUGAAAAUUCUAUGUUGCUUAUUCUUCUAUA